UCGGUAUGUCUUUACUGAGGAAGGCUACAAGACAUCCUUACCGUUUAGAACAUGAGGUGCUACAUUGCAGCUGACAGCCAAAAGGGGCAAGCAAAAGCAACAUACUCCUUAACUAAAUGAAGAUUUAUUUUCACAUUGACAAAAUGGCCAACACGAUGAAGAUACUCGUUCUUGGAAGCGGAAUGGUGGCAUCACCUUGCGUCGAAUACCUCACCCGCAACCCCAAAAAUGAAGUCACUGUUGCUUGCCGGACCCUGUCCGCCGCCGAGGUUCUCGCCUCCGGAUUCCCGAGAACCAAGACGCUGGCCCUGGACGUAUCGAGGACCGUCGAACUAGAUGCCCAGGUCGCGGCCCACGACGUCGUCAUCUCUCUCGUCCCCUACGUGCACCACCCGGCCGUCAUCAGGUCUGCAAUCAGGGGCAAGACUAAUGUCGUCACCACCAGCUACAUCUCUCCCGCCAUGCGAGGCCUGGAGGACGAGGUCAAGAAGGCCGGCGUCGCCGUGGUGAACGAGGUGGGCGUCGACCCCGGCGUGGACCACUUGUAUGCCAUCAAGACCAUCGAUGAGGUGCACGCAAAAGGUGGCAAGGUCAAGGAACUAUACUCCUACUGCGGGGGUUUGCCAGCCCCUGAGUGCGCCGACAACCCGCUCGGCUUCAAAUUCUCAUGGUCGCCCAAGGGUGCGAUACUGUCGCAGCGCAAUUCUGCAUCUUUCCUGUACCAGGGGAAGCAGGUAAACAUCCCCUCUACCGAGCUGAUGUCCAUCGCCAAGCCGUACCAUGUCGUAGACGGAUACUCGUUCGUCGCGUACCCCAACCGUAACUCUGUCCCCUUCAGGGAGUUCUACAACAUCCCCGAGGCGGAAACCGUCAUCCGGGGGUCACUCAGAUACAAGGGAAACCCGGAGUUCAUCCAGGCACUCGCUAACCUUGGCUGGCUGGACCCAGAGAAAAGGAGCUGGCUGAAGGAUGGGAUAACCUGGGCCGAGAUUCAGCAGAAACUAGUCGGUGCCUCUAGCCCGGAUGAAAGCUCCCUUGUAGCGCACAUCAAGGAAAGCUACAGCUUCCCAGACGUGGCCGAGGCCGACCGAAUCGUCUCGGGCAUGCGCCAAUUCGGCCUCUUCUCUGACGAACCGGCCGCCGUCAAGGACGGCAAUGUCUUCGACACCCUCUGCCACCAGCUAGCACAGCUUCUCAGCUUCAAGCCCGGAGAGCGCGACCUCGUCAUGCUCCAGCACAAGUUUGUCGUCGAGUGGGAGGACGGAAAGAAGGAUACGAUAACAAGCACCCUCGAGCUGCUUGACGACCCCGAGAGAUACUCAGCCAUGGCCCUCUCGGUCGGAGCCACUUGCGGCGUGGCGACGCAGCUCCUGCUAGACGGCCACCCGGCCUUCAACCAGCCGGGCAUCCACGCGCCGUAUCGCCGGGACAUGUGUGAUCCCAUCAGGGAGGCCCUGGCCCGCGAGGGAGUUGUACUUGUAGAAAGGGUGCUCUGCUAGGAACGCCCGCCUCUGCUUUUCUAGAUCCACAUUGGCGGAUAAAGUUGGGCCGCGAGGUCGGAGGAGCUGGAGCCCCCGCAAACUUCCACUCUCCGAAACACAUGCGUGCGUCAUUAUCUUGGAAGGGCGUCGCACAGUGCCUGCUUGCCUGACAAAGGGAGAUGCCAUCGUGUCAGGUCCGAGGUUGGACCGGAUCGGGAUGGUCGGUUGACUGGCUCGCACCUCUAACUAGGGGUAUGGUCGGCUGGUCGGUCGGUCGGUCGCGCAAGCAAAACACGCGAGGCGCACCUGUGAGCAAAUCCCACAGAGUCCCGGAAGUGGAAGGUAGUUUCGAAUUGAACGGAAGCUUGCGACGCCUUACUCCGCCCCGUAGUGCGUAGCCUCGAACGUCCCGCUGAGCGGGGAACAGUCGUCUGUAGAGCAUCUUCGCCAGCUCUCUCCUGGCAUUAUCCUAGUUACAAUUAGUGGAUCCUGAGUCGUGCGUAUGCGCAGGGAGC